UCAUAUUUAUGGAAAAUAAAUACUGUAUAUACAUUUUAAAAAGGUAAUUUUUAAGUAGACUAAAUACACUUUCAUCUUGUCACAUCAUAGACCAUGAAUGAACAUUUCCAAACUUUUGGAAAACAGAGUAUCCAUGCCUACAUUUAAAAAUACUUUUCCAUCCAACAAGCACCACAGAGGCUGGAAAUCAUUCAACACAGAAACAAAAUGAGACACAGUUCAUACACAGAACAUGAAUACUGAGAGGUUAAAUCACUUCCCUGACUAGCAAGAAUAAAUAGUAUCAUCAGCAAAAUCCCAACAACCAAACAUAAGUAGCUAAUUAAUGUAUAUAAUGUAUGCGUGUGCGUGCGUGUACGUGCACGAGAGAGCUCUGAACCACUAGAGGGCGCUUAGCAGUCCUGUGAAACCCUGCAGGCCUCCAUCCCUCACAGAAACACCACAGAUAAUCUGCUGACUUUUAAAAGCAAACCUGAUUUCAACAUUCUCUGACACAAAAUGGUGGCGUAUAAGAGUCCAAGCCAGCUGGGUUCCCACUAUUAUGAACGUUUAAUAUUAUUAAAUAUCAUAAAUCGUCAACACUUUAAGCUGUGACAUAUUUAAAAAGGGCUCCCGUCAUGUUCUUGUCAACUUCUGUCCUCAUAAAGUCUCGUCAAACUGCUGCAGCGGGUCCUAAUUCCUGAUUGGCUGACACAUUUGAAGACGUUCUGAAACACCCAAUGAGCACACACCUGUGGCCACGCUGAAAUAUUAAUGCGCCGACCGGAAAUCGCCGCUUCGCCACUGCUGCGGAACUAUAUCACCCGGCGGAGGAGCACUAAUUAACAUAUUUCUGACACGUAUAAAUGUAACACGUUGUAAUUUUAAUUUUCUGUAGCUGAAAUAUGCACUCUAGGGUUAAAAGAAGAGCAAAUACUCAACUGGAACAAACUUUUAUUUAUUUAAUUAUAUAUUUUUAAUCGAGUUUGUGUAUGUUUCUUUUAAACAAGCAGCAUCGGAGGUGAGCAGGCUCUUUACUUCCGCUUAAUGAAAAAUACAGCUUUACUUAAAUUUUACAAGACAAAGAAAGGACAUAGAAGUUUGGGAGUUUUGGUUGAAGUGAUAAAAAGAAACCUUUGAAUAGUUCACAGUGGAUUUUUUCCCCAGUGUAGCAUGUAAAUAUUUUUUAUGAGGCCUGAAGGGUAUUUAAUUUAUUAAAUACACCUUUUCCUCCCCUAACUUUAGGCCCCUGUUUGUUACAUGUUGUUACAUGACUCACAUGUUUAUGAGGGGUGCUUAUUUGUAAAGUGAAAAAUGGCAUUCAAGGCAUCUACAAGUGGAAUCUGCCUGUCCGUGUCAGAUAUCAUGGGGGUCUCAUGGGAACUAUUUCUUCUCAGUGUGGGAUGCACAAUCGUGCAGGUGUUUGCCUGUAACGAGCCGAUGGAUGGCGCUAUUCAUUUCCCUCUUUCUCUUAACCCUUUGGUCAUAUCGGCUCCCAAUCACUGGUCUGGGAACAGUUUCCUCGCACCGCUCAGUGAGGACACAAGGCUGAGUGAGUGAAGAGCAGAUGUCAGAUCAGUGGGGAGGCUUUGGGGGUUGUUAAUUUAUAAUAUUACAUUCAGGUAGAAGAGCUUCUGUGUGGCUGUUUGAUGAGGGAUCAGGUGGAAUAACUCACUGGCGUGCUUUCAAGGAGAUUAUGAGGUUUUUAAAAAUGAUUUAGAGUAGCUGAAUGGUGCUUGUAAACAAGCUGGGUGGGGGAUGUGAAGUAUGGAUCUUUAUCAACAAGAGAGAAAGAGGUGGGGGAAGGCUGGGAGCGUGAUGGGGGAGGCCAAAGAAUGCCACAUGGUUUGAAGAGCCAUUAUAAAGCUGUAAGGCAUGCAGGAGAUUGGGUUGAAAUGUGCCAAUGACCUGCCUUUAGCUGAGCUGUUGGAGGAAUUAAAAUCAACUCAAGGAAGUCUUUUUUUUAUAUAUAGAAGCAGACAUGUUCAGGAGCAGUAGAUAGACAGUGGCUUUUGUGGGGAAAAAACUAGGCUCUGACACUGAACAAUGCGCCUCAUCCAUGGAUCAUUUUGGGGCAUGAUUCUCCAGAUGUGUGCCACAGGCUCCCCAGCAAACUGUCGGUGACACAUUUAAAACAAAUCUGCCCGCCCUCCCCUGCUCUCCUCGCGCCGCUGCAGCUUGUGUUACAGUGUCACUAUAAAAUAUUCAUCCAUGGAAAAUCUCUUUGAUUCCAGCCGGUCACUUGGCUUCACGCGCCAGGUUAAAGUCAGCCUAAACAUGUAACUCAAACUAGAGCGUCGGCAGACUCCAUCCAUCCAGCAGGCUCAACCUCCGCUUCUGCUCCCACAUUUGCUCUGUCAGAGGGACACCGGGUGAACCGUCUGCUCUGCCUGUGCCAUCCUAACUCAUCCACGGAGGUUAGGGGGAAAAAAGGAGGAUGUCCGCACCCUCUCCAACAGGAGGGCCGGGUAAAGGUGGCGGAGAAGACCCCGCCAAGUCCACCGAGCAGGAGGACCGGACUCGACCUCAGAUCCUGUCGGGAUCGGGCUUCUGCAAAUGGUUCAACGUCCGGAUGGGCUUUGGAUUUAUCUCAAUGACCAGCAGCGAUGGGAGCCCCGUCGACCCCCCUCUGGAUGUUUUCGUCCACCAAAGCAAACUGGUGAUGGAGGGCUUCCGCAGCUUAAAGGAGGGUGAGCAGGUGGAGUUCACCUAUAAGAAGUCCUGUAAGGGCCUGGAGUCCCUGCGGGUGACCGGACCUGGUGGGGGACCCUGCGCAGGCAGCGAGAGGAGACCCAAAGGGAAGGUCCCACUCCAGAAACGCAAACCAAAGGGAGACCGCUGUUAUAACUGUGGAGGUCUGGAUCACCAUGCCAAGGAGUGUGGCCUGCCCCCCCAGCCAAAGAAAUGCCACUACUGCCAGAGCAUCACGCACAUGGUGGCUCAGUGUCCCCACAAGGCGCUGGCGCCCGCCACAGGCUCUCAGGACCAACAUGCGUCUACCUCGGCCUUCAGCCCAGGGACCGGGCCCUACCUCUGCCCCCCCGAGGAGGAGGAGCGCUCCGGCUCGUCUCCCCUGGAGGGCUCCUCCUCCUCCCCCGAGGAGCCCCACACACACCGCGGCCCCCGGACCCAGAGGUGGAGGAAAUCCUGAAGAAAGCCCAUAGAGCGCAGCUAUGGCAACGAUCAACGGGGUACGGACGUGCGUGAAUGUGUGUGACUGACUUGCAGUCAUCUUGUGCAGCUAUGGCAACCACCGCUGGAAUGGUGACUGCAGGGAAUGACUGUUUUUCUUGUUUCAAUCAGUGCAGCUCAAGAGUGAAACAACGUGGUAUGAAUCUUGUUUUUCUUUUUCCUCCUUGGACCUAAGUGUUGGCCAUUUCGAAUGCUUUUGUUUCCUUACAGAUGUUGUUGAUUUUACAGCCACAAAUGUCUAUCCUGUAGGCCUAAUCAUUCCGCAAAUCAUGUUGCAUCCUUACGGCACACACGGUAGCUCAUUUCUAAGAAGGAUUAGAAGAAGACUUUUAAAAGCUUGAGACCCUCUAAGCGAUAAUCCAGACCCGUUAGGAUUGUUAGCUCGGCUUAUGAAGAUCUGUAGGGAAACUUUACGGAUUCCAGAGGGAAUUUUUCUAAAGGCGGCGAGCUGCUAAAACACAUUCUCUAUAACCUCGAAAUGCUCACAAACCUCUCCCUUACAUGAAAUAGACUGGACCAACUGAUUGUCACAGAGUGUGUGUUUGUAUGCGUGUGUCGGGCAUGCUCCGAAAGAAACUGUCAGACCGGCCUCUUCUCUGGGCGCGAGUCAACACUAUUAACGUUUCCUAUUAUUAGACAUAGACCAGCUUAGAUAAGACGUCAUGUAAUCCAGCUAGAUCCUAGUUUAGAUUCAAGGUAAUGAAUCAAUCAUUAGACUUCCAUUUUGGUUGUUGCAUAAUUAGUUGAAAAUAACAGUUUAUAAGAUCAUAGUAUAAGUCAUUAAUAUAUAUGUAAAGUCACAAGAUAUAAUUGAAAUUCUAUUAACUUUAAGUAAUGCAUAUAUAAGGAAUUAGCUCUGACAUAGGUGAAUAGCCCUGUAUAUUGCAUGGGACAUGUUGUUGUGUGAAAACUUGUAGCUCUCUCUCUAUUUAACCGUUUUCAUCCAUGACAAAUCAAACUGACUUUUUUGUUUUUAAACUUUACUCCACGCCUUCUUUUUCAUUAGUUCACAUAGACCGAAUCACUGUGAUGAUGUGCGAACACUUCUGGGUAGACAACUGGUUGUUAUUUUCAGCCGUAACUGUAACGUUUAAAGAUACAGAGUCAAGCAUGUUGGUCCAACCUAUCUGACGUUUCUGCUGUGCUUAGUUUUUGUACUGUGUUGCUUUGCUAGCAUCUUUGACAAACCAAAUCUACCGGACACUAAUUUACUUUUCCUAGGAUGAUGAAGGCAUGACCCGCCCCACACUGGCUUUCUCUGCAUCUGAUUGGCUUACCCUGACAGUCUUACCCUAAGGGUACAGUCGCAUGUGAGUGAAUACACGCGAGCAAUGAGUGAUGUGGAUGUUACCCGAUGUGAUGGACACAGAAAGCUAGCUUGCUAAGAAAUACAGCAAAAUAUGAUGUUAUUGAUACAUGUUCCGGUGGUAAGGUGGUGCAGUGGUUAGUAUUGUCGCCUCACAGCAAGAGGAUUCCUGAGCUCCUAGGCUCCCCACCUUGGGUUCGAACCCUCCACCCAGGGUUGGAACCCAGGGUGGAGGGUUCGAGCCUUUCUAUGAGGAGCCUGCAUGUUCACCCCUGUGUCAACGUGGGUUUUCUCCAGGUACUCCGGUUUCCUCCCACACUCCAAAGACAUGCAGGUUAAUUGGUGACUCUAAAUUGCCCAUAGAUGUGAAUGUGAGUGUGAAUGGUUGUCUGUUAUCUGUCUCCAACUCACCACCAACCGCUGUCAUGGUCAUCUACAGUAUUGGCUGGUAAGACAUGGCAACAAACACUAUCUCCUCCACAUAUACGUCUUUGCGACCGGUUGAGGCUGCGACUUUGACGGUCAAAGCUCAAAGUUGAACUCUACUAGAUGCAAUUUGCGCGUGACUGUACCCUAAACCUAACCAAUCUCACUCCUCUUGCCGAAACCUAACAAAUCCAACCAAUGAAGCAAAGUGUACCAGCCAAACAGAAAGAGAUUAGGGCGAGUCAUGCCUCCACUAUCCUCGGAAACGCCUGCAAACCAGCAACAACGGCAUAGAAGCUAAGAAAUGUACCGCUAAAAAAUCACAUCAGUUCAAGUUUAUGCUAUAUCUGGAAUAUUUUCACUGCUUUAUGUUACACACUAACUGACAGAGGAAGCAAUAGACCAGCAAAUCCCAUGUUCUAAAAUUUUUUGGGGGGCUUUAUUGCCUUGAAAGGGGGAGAGGGUUGGAAUUGAAGCCGUGAUGGUUGCGGCAAGGACACACCCUUUGUACAUGGUGGGCCUGCUCUACAAGGUGAGCUAGUGGGCACCCCUAAAAUAACUGUUUUUGUCAAUAAAGUUUGGUGGCUUUGAGAUAGUGGCUUCAGUUCCCCAUUGAAAAGGGUUUUCUGUAGGCAAGCUACAGCAGUGAAAUAUCUUGAAUAUAGCAUACAUUUAAACUGAUAUUGAUUUGUUUAGUUGGCUAAAAACUAACCAAGUAAGGAAGCAUUUGCUCAGCGUCAAGAUUUUCUACCUGGAAGUUGUUGUGAACAAACAUCGUGAUUCGAUCUAUAGUCAGCGAUCACCUCCGACCCAGCACAAAGACUCACCUUGUUUGAUUAAAGGUGCGGACCAUUACAGUGUCAUCACAGCUGCUCUUACUUACUUAAUACCUCACCAAUUCUUCCUCUUUGGAGAAACGAAUGUCACAGAACGCCAAGCUGUUUGCUCUCCCAGCUGUGUUGCAGUAAGAUCGAACCACCUGUUCCUCUUCCAUCUGUGCCUACCAGUUGUUAGUUAGCACCAGCCAGGUAAUGCUCACUCCUCUUUAGGAUGAUGAGAGGCCGUCACUGCUGCUGCUGCUGCUGCUUCAGACUCACUGAAGAGCGCGAAAGAGAUAGAGAGGGAGAGAGAGAGAGAGCGAGAGAGAGAGAGAGAGAGAGAGAGAGAGAAAAAGAGUGCUGCUUUUGGUAUAACUUGAAUCCCAAGCAUGGCUUUAGUGGCACUUAUUUGUGACCUAACAACUCUUCUCUGACCAUAUUGAAUGUGAAAAGAGCUUAUCUGAAGUGGACUCCUCACAAAGUUCUCGUCGGGGUCGCUUUGGAGUUGUAUCUUAAUGUUCUGACAAAUCAAAUAACUUUGUAUGAUGAUAUCAAACUAGCUUGUGUGUUUUUAAAAAAGAGCUCUUAAGUAGACAACCAACUUUCUUUUGGUAUAUUUCUAUACCAAAGAGUUUGGCUUUAUUUUUUUGAAGGCAUUUAAAGUUUGCUGAAGUGCUUGCUAUCCUCGCUCUGUCACAAUAAGAGCGACUUAUUGCUGAAAGCGCAACACUGCGGUUAUUUCUUUCUUUUUUUUUUUUAAUGUACAGCUUUUUGAAUGUGUGCGUGCGUUAAAAAAAAAAAAAUCAAAUAUCAACAAUGCAGCAUGACAGGAGAAAAAAAAAAGUGAAUGACCAAACCA